GUAUGGGUGCCCAGAAGGGUGAGCAAUUCAACGUGCACCAGCCCCAGGACAAGGUGUCGGUGGCAGCAGGGCAGACACUCGGCCUGAACUGCACCACAUCUGGAGCCAGUGCACCUGGUCCUGUGAAGUGGCUGAAGGGCUGGGGCAGUGGGAACCAGACCAUCUAUGACCAGACAGUCCCCUCCACCCGUGUGACAAGAGCAGUGGAUGGGUCCAACACAGACUUCACCAUCCACAUCAGCAACAUUCAGCCCGAGGAUUCUGGCACCUAUUACUGUGUGAAGUUCCGCUAUAAUCCGAGCGGUGUGACUGAGGUGGUUCAGCGUGGAAAUGGCACAGUGGUGUCCGUGGAGGCCAAACCCACUGUCCCAGUCGUGUCUGGGCCUGAGCGGAGAGAGAGUCCAGGGCAGCCGGUGUCUUUCACCUGCACAGCUGGAG